AUGCUGAAGGCCUGUGUUAACUUGCUAGGUCAAAAUCAAGACUCUCAUAAGAAAUCGAAAAGGAAAGAAGAAUUGGAAAUAGCUUCCAUCUCAUUCAGCUUGCGCUCACAGUCAAGAGAUUUUUAUGUGAGGAUAGUUCAUGCAGGCGGACGGGAGGAUUUGUAUCCGCAUGAAGUUCCGGUAUCUCAAUUGAUGGAAAAAUAUCCCGGGAUGUGUGUUGCCAGGCCAGAAGUUUUCAAAAAUCCUCAGAAAUCCUUGUUAAGGCCGGACGAGACUUUGUUGCCAGGUCACAAAUAUUUGAUGAUUCCAACUACUACUGCUCGGAAAUUGAAACGUAAACAAACGAAGAAGGGAAAAGCCUCAGGUAAUGCUCAUGUUAAAAAUGAGAUGUCAGAUGUAAACAUUACUUGGAAUGCAGGUAAAGACGGUUCAGAUGAAUCUGUUUCAUCUGCAAAAGAAUUCUAUGUCUCCAAGGGGAGGUGGUCUAAAGACUCGAAACGUUCAUCAAGGAAGAGUGUUAAAUUGAAGAAGCCUUUCGUUCCUCCGCUCCCCAAAACAAUUCGCGUUCAAGGAUGGGAACCAAGUCUGACCUCUGUACAGGAACUCUCUCCUUGAUCAUUUCAUCUGCCUGUUCACUUGCAUCUGUAUUCCGGUACGUUGUUAAUUUCUCCUCGGUGUUGCUUGAUUGCCUGAGAAUUGUCUUACAGACAAUAAUAUGAAUGUAUAGAAGUUGUUUGAAUACUUCUCACUUGCAACACUUUCAUAACUGCUAAAAAAAUUUAUAUGCUAAUCUUUUUGAAUAUUACAUGUGAAUUUCAA